AUGGCAGACGUCUCGCCGUUCCCGGCCGAGCAUGCAUCCAUGUUUGCAGCCGAGUUUGAGGUCCAGGGUCGGCUGGGCUCGGGCUCGUUUGCCGAGGUCUUCAAGGCGUUGUGGAAGGUGGAUGGGCAGGUGUAUGCGGUGAAGAAGAGCCGGCACCAGUUCCGCGGAACUCGUGAUCGGCGACGGGCUAUCCAAGAGGUGGAGGCCAUUGCGGAGCUGCACUCGGAUCACUGUGUCAAGUACUAUCGGGCAUGGGAGGAGGACGGAUUCCUGUACAUCCAGAUGGAAUUCUGCGCGCAGGGCUCGCUGAUGAACUUCAUUGACUCGCACGCGGUGCUAGAGGAGGAGCUCAUCUGGCACGCGCUCAUCGACAUUGCGCUCGGGCUGGAGCACAUCCACUCGGCCGGCUUCCUUCACUUGGACAUCAAGCCGGAGAACAUUCUGCUGGACCAGAACGGCUCGCUCAAGAUCGGAGACUUUGGGAUCACUGUCCGGCUCGAGGGCGGCUCGUCGCAGACGGCGGCGCUGGCCAAGGUCGACCUCGAGGGCGAUCCGGCGUACCUACCGCAAGAGGUGCUGCAAGACGAUCCGAGCAAGCCUGUGGGCUCAGGAGUAGACAUUUUCUCGCUCGGGGCGACGGUGCUCGAGAUGGCGGCCAACAUCGAGAUGCCGCGCGGCGGCCCUCUGUGGCACGAUCUGCGCGAGGGCCGGCUCCCGUUGGAGGCAAUGGAGCGGCACAAGCGGUCUGCUGAGCUUGUGGCUACUGUGCAGUGGAUGAUGGAUCCGGAUCCUGCCAAACGGCCGUCGGCGGCCGAGCUGCUGGCGCACCCGCCGAUCCGGCGGCGGUCGCUCCACGAACGCAACGACGUGGAUGGAGGCGGCAAGCUGCGGUCCAAGGUCCAGGCCUUUUGCGCUGCAGGUGCUCAUCUGGUCUCCAACAUUUUGGCGUCGCCGUUCCGGUCGAUGACCAACGGCUCGAAGCUCGAUGCGGAGCUCUCGCCGAUUCACUCGCCGUCGCGGUCUGGCGAAGCAUCGUCCGAGUCGUCUGACGCAGCACAGAGCAGCAGCCUGCCAACGUUUACGCUCUCGCGGCCAAUGCGGGCUGGCGAGUCGGACUCGGAGUCGAUUGACGAUGAAGAGAUCCGGGCCAUGGGCUUCCCGUCGGCGGUUCUGUUUGACGAUUCAGACGACGACGAGGCGUCGGUCCGCAUGCGCGACUCACCGACGGUAGCGGACAUUGGGAACAUUUCGCGCCAUCUUGGGUUUGAUGACGACUCGGUGGACUGCAGCGACGAUGACAACGAGGCCGUCGACGACAGCGAGCCUGCGGGCCUGCUCUUCUCGCCCGGCUUUGAGCUCGGCUCACCGGUCCGGGGCGGGAUCACCAUCGACGUCACGCCGGCAUCUGCGGUCAAGUCGCCGCCGACUGGCGCGGUGGCGACGCCGACGACCGAGCUCUUUGCUGUUGCCGCCGACUCGCCCUCGUUUGUUCCGUCGUCUUCGUCGCGCAUUGCUCUGCGCAAGCGCGUGUCUUCCAAGUUUGCUCCGCUCCAGGUGUCGACGGUCGGCAAAGUGAGUGCCAAGCAGCCGGCGCUGGUUACACCGCGCGGCGGAUGGGACCUUGUUACGCCGCGGACAACAUCUGACACGAUCUUUGCCUUGCCUGCGGUGAAGAAGCAGUCGCCGCUCACAUUUGCGGCGGGUGCCACGCCGGUCGCGGCGGGUGCGGCGUCGGCCAAGUCUACGGCUUCCACGCUCUCUGCUCUUGCGGUCGUGCCCGAGUGGGUUUCGGGCGCACGGGCUUUUGGGCCUGCGGCAGCCUUCGGUCUUGUGCUUGUUGUCGUGGCGGCGCUGCUGGAGGCGGUUGUGUUUUCGGCACCGGGCUGGUCGCUCUCGAGUUUGGGGCGUAUUCUGAUGCUCGGCGCGCUGGCCUCGCUCCUCAUGCUGGCUUGCUCCAAGGCGUGGGUGGCGCAGCUGAAGGUACGCGAUGUGGCGGCCAUCGGGACGCUGGGGAUGGGAUACGCGGUGGUGCAGGCCGUGACGGCGUGAGUGCGGCGGCGGGUGGAUGCUGGUGAUUGCUUCGUGUACAAAGUUAAGAAAUGCAAAUGUGAGCCUCACACAUGGGCGGGCUACGUGGUGAAGUCAAGAAGUGUGUCGAUAAAGGCAGCGUGGAAC